UUCCUUUGAUGAAGAGAAAGCAAGUUUAUUUUGUAGAAUUUUAUCUGUUUCUCAAGUCCUAAACAACUCUACGUUUGGCUUCAAAUAUGAAACGACCGUUGCUGUGCUUUUAAACGUUGGCGUCCAUUGUCUUCACACAUGACGAGGGAAAGACGGUAUGAGUUUUAUUCAUCUUCUUGGCUUGACUAUUGCUCAAGAACGAGCCUCAAGGAAUGAAAAACAAACCGAUGGAAAUCGCUCAAACGAAAGCAGAGCUGAUUUAUCACGCCGUGUGUUUAUAACUGCGUUGUACUGUGGCUGUUUUUUCUCCUUCGGGACGACAAUGGCAAUUCUAGGACCAACUUUGAUCGAAUUAGGACACUUGGUUCAUCAUGGAUUGGACAUGAUGAGCUGGUUGUUUUUUACGCAGGCGGCUUAUGCUUUGCUCGGAGCAAGUGUAGCUGGGAUCAUGUUGGACAGAUACGACUUCAAUCGUAACCUUCUCCUUUUGUGUUUUCUGUUGCUGAACGCGAUCUUCUUAGCGGUGAUUCCCAUAUGUCGGACGUUGUGGCUUCUGAUCCUAUCAACAGCAGCUGCGGGCUUUUCUGUGGGAAUCUUAGACACUGCUACUAAUGUUCAGCUCAUUGCUAUUCAUGGGAAAAAGGUUUCUCCAUAUCUACAGGCUCUGUACUUCUCCUACGGUUUUGGCGCGUUUGUGAGCCCUCUUAUCGCAGAGCCCUUUCUCAGCGGAAGUCCCCAUCCAGAUCUUGGGCUGCCGGCAGCCAAAAGGGGGAAUCCGCUGCCCUACGGUGGGAUGGGACAUCGCAGUCAUCAUAAGUUAUCCCACAGACCUACCAACCAUAUGAGAGACACAUUUAGCACUGGAUCUGAGGAAUACAAAAGCGAGGUCCAAGUAGCAUACUGGAUUAUAGCUUUAGCACAUUUGCCAGUGGUGGUAGGUCUUGCAUAUAUUGUCAUCGCGGACAAGUGGGCGGAGCAUAAGUUAAGACAAACAGCUGUCGAGGCCAAGGCAGAAAAAGAGCGCAGAAGCUCGGAUAUCCCGGAUGCAGAAGUACAAGGAGUUACAACAAAAGUUCACCUCGACAAAGAGACUCUCAAGAAACCGGGUCUAUGUGAUAAUCCAAACAAAACACAAGUUCUGUGCAUUACAUUCUGGACUUCAUUUCUAGUUUUUCUUUACGAUGGAAUGCAGGGGUCCUAUGGGGGAUAUGUUUAUACUUACGCAGUGAAGAGCUCAUUACGAAUGACGUCAGCUCAGGGUGCUUUUCUUACUUCCGUGUUUUGGGGAUCCCUGGCAUUAGGUCGUCUCGUAUCCAUACCUAUAGCUUUGUUUUUGUCUCCAGCUGUUAUGCUUCUUGUAGAUUUGAUUGGCUGUUUAGUUUCAAGUUUAUUAAUGUUAGUCUUCAGAGCAAGCGAGUCUGCGCUUUGGAUGGGAACUAGUACAUUUGGUCUUUUUAUGAGUAACGUGUUUCCAACAAGUGUGGCAUUAGCAGAGCAGUAUUUCAAUGUCACAGGUACGGUGACCUGCAUGUUUGUUGUUAGCGCAGCCAUAGGUGAGAUGAUAAUUCCACUCAUUGUGGGCAAGGUCUUUGACUACGUUGGUCCAAUCAGCUUCUUAGCCGAGGGAUGCAUCCUGUGUUUCGCGGCAUUUGGAGCUUAUUUAGCUGUACUAAUAUUAGGAAAAGGGGCGGCCUCUCACGAUGUCUCCAGGAGAGAAGUGCUCGGAGAAGGAAAAGAUGGCUGUGAGGAAGAUGAAGAAAAGCCUGUGGGGGAAACAGAACAAGAUUCUGAUCAACUUAUUUCUAAAGAUAAAUCGCCAAAUAGAUGACAUGAUGUAUGGACGAAGAAGCGAGAUGAAAAAGAGAGAAGCUUAGGGACAAUCUAUAAGUAACACAGGCUAUCCGGCUUCGUACCCAACUUCCUACGUUUGUAAUUGGCCGUGGGAUAUCUGGGGGCGAAUCGACAAAAAUCGUCGUCAUUUGAUGACGUCAAAUGAAAUGCCAUGAUAGGUACCGUUCCUCUUUUCCCGUAAUCC